CACUGAAACCCAUACCAUACCCUCCAAUCACAAACAGUGAGAACGAGCCCUCGUAAUGGAAGAGAAGCGCGGCGAAGCCGGUACUUCACCGGCGGUUGGCGCCGAAUCUCCGGCUUCGGAGCCGUCCUCGUCCCGGCGCCGAUCUGGGGCCCUUAAGAGAAAGAACAACAGCAACCUUGGCGCGUCGAACUCUUCAUCCGCGCCGUCGAAACGACUCACGCGCGAGAAGGCCUCGCUCUCCCACCCUCCGAUCCACAACGGGCCGUUGACCAGGGCUCGCCAGGGCCCCAACAACCUCGCCGCGUCAGCUUUAGCGCUGCAGGGGGGAGCCUCGGCCCCGGCGAAGAAGCUUAAUGAGCAGGCGGCAGCGGCUGCGGCGGAGGAGCUGAGCAAGAAGAGCGAGAUGGUAGCUUUGGAGGCUGCGAUGGAAGCUGAGCUUGAGGCUAUCAGAUCUCGUGGCGCUAAUGCUCACGUGGUUCCCAGUCAUUGCGGUUGGUUUUCAUGGACAAAAGUUCAUCCUCUUGAGGAGCGCACAUUGCCUUCUUUCUUUAAUGGGAAGUCUGAGGCCCGGACUCCUGAUGUGUAUAUGGAGAUACGAAAUUGGAUUACGAAGAAAUUCCAUUCAGAUCCAAACACACAAAUUGAAUUGAAAGACAUAUCAGAGCUUGAAGUUGGAGACUUGGAAGCAAGGCAAGAGGUGAUGGAAUUUUUGGAUCACUGGGGUUUGAUUAAUUUCCACCCUUUCCCACUAACAGAUUCCGUUGUGCCCUGUGCUGACAAUGAUGGGGCAGCUAAAAGGGAUUCCUUGGUUGAAAAACUCUUUCGCUUUGAAACGCCAGAAUUGUGUCUGCCUGUUGUUCUGAAGACCAAUCUGACAACUCCAGCUGUGCCAUCUGGGUUUUUUCCAGAGUCUGCGAUUGCUGAAGAGUUGGCAAGGGCUGAGGGGCCAGCAGUUGAGUACCACUGCAACUCUUGUUCAGCUGAUUGCUCUCGCAAGCGCUACCAUUGCCAGAAGCAGGCAGAUUUCGAUCUAUGUACUGAAUGCUUUAAUAAUGGAAAAUUCGGUUCUGGUAUGAAAUCAUUGGAUUUUAUUCUCAUGGAACCUGCUGAAGCUCCUGGGUUAAGCAGUGGGAAAUGGACAGAUCAGGAGACACUCCUUCUCCUUGAAGCACUGGAACUUUAUAAAGAAAACUGGAAUGAGAUAGCAGAACAUGUUGCCACAAAGACAAAAGCGCAAUGUAUAUUGCAUUUUCUUCAAAUGCCAAUUGAGGAUACAUUCCUUGAUUCUGAUGUUGAUAUUGAUGCCAGUUCCAAAGAAAAUGCAGACCCAGCUUUCACCAAUAAUGAUUCAUCUGUCCCUAAAGAUGCCCCUGAAUCAAAGGAAAUUAAGACUGGUGCUAGCGAGGGUCAGCCUCUGACUUCCCCAAUGGAAACUUCAAAUACAGAAGAUACAAGUGAAGUGAAGGUUGGUGAGGAAUCAAGGCCGGAAGAUGCAAGUGAAGUAAAAGUUGAUCAGGGAACUUUGGGACCAGAAGAGACCAGUGAAGUGAAAGGUGAUCAGGAUGUGGGUGAAAACUGGGCACUAAAGGCUCUUAGAGAAGCAUUUGAAGCUGUUGGUUAUCCUCCAGCACCUGAUAACCAACUUUCGUUUGCUGAAGUGGGAAACCCUGCCAUGGCAUUGGCAGUUUUCCUGGCACGACUGGUAGGACCUGAUGUUGCGAUUGCUUCAGCUCACAGUUCAUUAAAAUCCAUAUCUGGCAGUUCUCCUGGCAUUCAGCUGGCUGCUAGACACUGUGUUCUUUUGGAAGAUCCACCAGAAGACAAGAAAGAAGCGAUUGGUUCUGAGAGGGAUGCUCAGGAAGAUCAAAACCUGGAAGGCAGAAAUGAGAAAGGGGAUAAUUCUCCGUCAGUGUUGGAUGACGGAGAUUUAUCUAAUGGCCACAAUAAGGAGAAAAUUAAAGAUUGUGCUCCUGAAGAAACUGAGAAUGGUGAAUCCACAGGGAUACCACAUGCUGCAAAGGAACAAGAUGUUAAAGCUUCUUGUGAGGAAGUUGGACGACAUAAUUUGGAUGAUACAAGCAAUUCAGAUUUUCCAAAAGACCACCCACAAAGUACUAUGAAGGAAUCAGACAACUUAACAUCCAAGGUGGAGCUUCCACCAAGUUCUGGGGAGGAGCCACGAGAGAGAACUUCAGUAGGAGAGCCUUCUCAACCUGCAGAGGUACUAAAAGAUGUACAUACAGUUUCUGAAUCUCCAUCAGCCGAAAAGAAUGAGCUUCAGGAACCAGUUCCAUCAGAUUCAGUGAAAGAGCCACCACAACCUACAGAGGCACCGAGGGACACAGAUAUGUUGUCUGAUUCUCUGCCCUUAGAAAAGAAUGGGCCGGAUCAACCAUUGACAACCAGUUCAGUUGGAAAGCCAACCCAACCUACUGAGGCAUCAACGGAUGUAGAUAUGGUGUCAGAUUCUCUGCCAUCCGAAAAGAAUGAGCCUCAGCAACCAGUUACAAAAAAUUCACUGGAAGAGCCCUCUCAAACUACAGAGGCACCAAAGGACGUAGUUAUGGUGUCUGAUUCUCUGCCAUCCGAAAAGAGUGAGUCUCAGCAACCAGUUACAACAAUUUCAGUGGUCGACAAUGGAGCAAGUAAAGGUGAGGACCAAAUUGAAGAUGGGAAAAUAGUCAAACCUGACAUUAUAGAGAGGAAAACUGAGAACAAAUUUGAUAAAGUAAAGCGUGCUGCAAUUACUGCACUUUCAGCAGCAGCAGUAAAGGCAAAAGUUCUUGCAGACCAGGAAGAAGACCAAAUCCGACAACUUGCUGCAUUUUUGAUAGAAAAGCAGUUGCAUAAGUUGGAAACCAAGUUAGCUUUCUUUAACGAGAUGGAACAUGUAGUGAUGAGGGUAAGGGAGCAAUUGGACAGGUCAAGGCAGAGGCUUUACCAUGAGCGGGCGCAGAUAAUUGCUGCCCGACUUGGUGCUCCAGCUUCCUCAUCUAGAGCAAUGCCGCCUUCAUUGCCUACCAACAGAAUUGCCACAAAUUUUGCAAACUCAGUUGGAAGGAUCCCAAUGAGUAUGACAUCCCAAAGGCCACCAAUUUUAAGACCCAUGGGGACAGUGACUUCUAGUCCUUCAAACCCAUUUGCAUCCAAUACAGCGGCCGGAAGUUCAGUUCGGCCACCCAGCCAGGACAAUCUUUCUUCAGUUGGGACAAAGUAGACUUUGAGGACAUAUGAUAGAUUUUUCAUUCAUUCUUAUCCCCUUCUAAUGCAUUAGCAGCUUUACCAAGUGAGUACCCAUUUUUGUUAUUGCUAUUAAACUUGGUGAAGAUAAUGGUUAGCUGAAUACAACUUGAGAAGAUUGUAGCUGGUUCACAUGAGUUAAGGGCUUGGUGUUCUGAGAGUUUUUCACUGAGCCAAUUUGCUCUGAUUAGUGAUAAGAAAUGAAAGGAUAGAGAAAACGCCAUGAGCGCAUGGGACUUUUAGAGUAAGAUUUGUAGGGUUGUGCUUGCAGAAGCAGUUUACGCAAUUUGGAAGGAGAGAAAUAGAAAUGUUUGUAUUGUUCUACAUAACAUCAUGUAUUGGAUCUGAGUUAGGUUGUGAUAUCCUUUAUGAUCUUCUGCCUUCUCUGCUCAUCGGAGUAGUAGGGGUGUAAAUCCGGCUGGUUAUACCGGCCAACCGCUUUUAAAAGCUGUUGGAAAUAAUUGGUAACUGGCCCACACCCACUUAUAACGAGUAUAUAUAUAUAUAUAGCUCCUACA